CAAACUCUGCCUUCUUUUUGUAAUGUCAUUUUAUUUGCUACCUAAGGUUCUGCCUCUCCACCCCUAGCUGAGCUCACAGAAUCUCUGAACUUUGGAUGCAAUGAUUUCUGAACUGUGUCCACACAGAAUUCCUGUAUGAUUUCAGUCUGACAGAGAACUUUGGUACAUAUUCGCUUUCGACAGGACAACGUCAACAUCCUUCUUAAAGCGUGUGUCUGGACUAAAUAAAACAACUGCUUUUUUAUUCCAGGGAUCUGCAGGACAUAUACACAAGUGUAAAACUUCAGGCAUCAGAAGACUAGGUGGAGGCUGAAAAAUGUUCUGAUAAUAAUCUGCAUAUAAAGGCAUAAGUUGAUCCAUGUUAUAAUGGAUCUUACCUAAAUUUGAAGGCUUCUAAGGAAUAAGAAAGCAAAACAUCUUUUAAGGCACUUGAAGAUUGCACAGGGCAGUGUGAGAGGGAGAGAAAUUAGAGACAACUGGUACGGGAGACAGAAGCUCUUUCCGCUACAGGCUGAAAACAGCAGAGAGGACUUAUUUGAGUCCUUAAGCUCACUUGACUGCUGGACUCACAGAAUACCCCCAAGACACCCAAGACUUAAAAACUGCAGGCUACACCGAAACAGAGUGGGUAUUCACGAUGUCAGAAAACAAGGAAUAUCGCCGCUCACUGGUUAUGACUCCAAAGACCACCGCUCAGUUCAACCAGUUCCUGCCAAGCAAAGACAAGCAGUCGGGCUAUGUUCCAGUGGCACUACGCAAGAAGCGCACUGACAGUCAAAGUGAUGACAACAGACGCAGCUGGGCAAGUCCCAUGUUUACAGAGGAGGAUGGAUCUUUCUCUAGAAUAGGCACAGGCUUGUCCUCAACCAGUGAACUAGGCACUCAAAAGUCUACUCAAGCUUCCUGGCUGUUCGGAUAUGAGAGCAGUGAUUCAGAGGCAGACCGUCCAGACCCUGACUUGCUCCAUGAUGAUUUGGCCAGCCGCCGGUUUCAAACCACACCUGUCGUCAAACCCACCAACUUUGCAUUACCCAUGACCUCAGGGGACUCCACCUCUAUGCCCCAAACCACCAGGCCAAAGGUCAUGGUUACUAAUGUACCCCAGCCAACUUUGACCUAUCUCAGCAGUGAAUCUAGGCCUACUCAGAAGGCUGCUAGGAGGUCUGCAUCUGCUGAUGUCUACAUGUAUGAUGACUCAGAAGAAGAUGACAAUGAGAUUGGUUGUGCUGAUCCUGUUCAUGAUGACCUUUAUGCCCGUAAAGUGGGCCAGACGGUAACCCAGCCCAUUUCCACUGCGCAUUAUGAUAAAUUUCUUCCAAAGUUUUGGACACCAGAGGAAGACAUGCAUGUGCAGAAAAUCAGACUGGGCUCUCAGCGUCGGCCCUGGUACAGAAAGAUCCAGGGCUUCAGCCAGAAGAAGUCUGGUUCAUCCUCAGAGGACUCCGACUGUGAUGUCAGUCCCCAGCUCUGUGUGCCCUCUCCUUCUCAUUCUGAACCCUCUUUCUCACUCGCACAAACUUCAGCAUUGCUCAGUCCCAUCACUCCCAGUUCCACCACACAACCAGUUAUGCUCGCUCAACAUACAUCUGGGGCCCAAAGAUUUCAGUUCCCUGAUUUUUGGCCAAGCCCAGACCCCAGUUCAGGUCCAAGACUCUUUAAGUGCAAGAGACACCCACUAUUAGGGCGGGAGCACCCUAACGACCCCUACAAUGUAUCUGAGGAAAUUCUCCCUGACUUGGAAAACGAUGAUAUGUUUAGCCGCCGUACAUGUGCCUUCCACUCUAACACCGAGCUGGCCAGGAUAAAAUAUGGAGAUCUACUUACUUCACAUCACAGAUCUGAGCCAUCGAUCAGAGUGGUCAUUCAACACUGUGAUGACAAAUCUACGUACCCUGACAUUGAAAAAGAUGAUGUGGUCACACGCAGGUUACAGCAUCAGUCUACACUGCGCCCACUUUCAGGAGCACCCAAUAAUUACCACCCAGUGCCUAUUCCUGAGCCCUGGGAGCUGUCGCAUAAACUUCAAGCCAAGAUAUUUGCCCCCUGCCCACCAAUACAUGUGGCUGCCCAGGCACCUGCAAAAAAGAUGGGAGACGCACAUCAAAUAUCAGAUGAUAUGCUUGUUAGAAAGUUUGGAAUUGUGCAUGCCCAGAAUCCCACUGAGGCACUUCAGAGAUCAGCUCAAAUAGGCCCAAGUGUUCCUUCAUACUGCAGUGAGGAGGAUCUCCAAAAAUGGCAAGCCAUCAGAGAGGCCAGUCACCUGAGAUAUAAGAAGAGGCUGAUGGUGGAGAGACUAUUGCAAAAGGCCUCAGAUAGUGAUGGGUCUCAGUCGUUGGGUGACAUUCCUGAUGAGGAGACAGUCCAAAAGGUUCGGUAUGAGGAUCUACAGAAAAUGCGUGAAAAGAUUAAGCAUAAUGAAGACCAAUGGCAGGAUGAUCUCACUAAAUGGAAAAAUAGGCGCAAGAGUGUUAACUCUGAUAUCAUGAAGAAAAAAGAAGAGAGAGAGCAGAUUGAGAUACUUACUUCGGGGAGUGGCACCAGGAAAUCAAAGACCUUCAAGGAAAUGGAAGAGGAGAGGGAAAGCCAAGAGCCAGGCUUCAAGAGUCGUUUUUCUACCUUCUCUACUUCUGAAGACCUGGAUGUCUUUGAUGAACCAACACCCAAGACCAGAGUUUUACCACGCCGCAGCUAUACCGUCGAUAAUCCCUAUUCCAUGGGCCGAUCUAAAGUUCACUCUCUGCCCAGUUUGGCAGAUGAUGAACCUGAGGCAGGCAGUCUGCCUUCUAAUGAGGUAGAAACACCUUCCAAUCCUAUCCAGUCCAGCUUAGGGACCACUCUACCUACAAGUCAAGAAAAAGAAACUAGCAUCUCAGUAAGCCAUGAUAUUCUGGAUUAUCCAGUUAAAAACAGUGUCUUCAGCAAACCCAACCUACUAGAGCCCACCCGCAUCAACAUCAGCAGUCCUUCAACAGAGGCCAACAGCAGCUCUAAACCAGUUCCAAAAUCCAACAACUCUGCUAACCCUGUGCCUGCACCUAGGCAAAACCUAAGCCAGACUUCCAUGCAUAAACCAGUUUCAGCAGAAACAAAGCAACCCAUUGCACCUCUAGUUUCUGCCUCACUCCCCAGGAGUUACCAGAGAUCAGAUAGUGCACGGAUCACUUCUGUCGUCACUCCCAGACCUUUUGGCACCACAAGCACCAAAGUUACCUCCCUGCCCCGUUCCUAUACGGUGGAUGACUCUCAAAAGCGCUUUAAUGGUGAGACAAACAGUGGUAAUAAUAUGACAGCUUCUAACCGUUAUGCCGCAUUUUUGAAAGAAGAUUCCCAAACAAGUCCGAUGCAAAGCAGUAAUGAGAAUGAGGGGGAGGAAGAGGAGCAAGUGUUUCCCCCUAUUCGGUCCUUCUCAUCUGUUACUCCAGUAAGCCGUGUAGCACCUCAACCCAAAACAGUGUCUUCUGUAAACAGCACACAGCAGGAAAACUACAGUGACAUGAGGAUCAGUCUGAAUCAGAAACCCAACAGCAAUCAUGAUUUUGGGUUUCAGUCUAACUGGGAUUCCACCGGGGUUGUUGUUAAAUCUAUACAACAAGGCAGUCCAGCGGAGAUGUGCCACCUGCAGGUUGGGGAUAAAAUCUUGGCAGUUAAUGGGCAGAAGGUGGCAGACAUGAGCUAUGAAAAGUGGAAAAGGAGCAUGGAUGAAGCCCUGCAGGAGGGUAGUCUGUUUAUGGACAUCCGCAGACAGGGAAAGAACAGUUUUCCUGAGCCAUAUACCAACACGAGCCUGAACUUCAGCUCACUCCCAGCCAUGGAUUCCACUGUGAAAACUGUGAAUGUCAGCUCCCACACUGUCAAUAGUCUGUCGUCCAAUGGUAUUAAUGGUGGAAUUCGUGAGGAACCUGUGAAUCUGAGAAGCAAUGAAUCCCUUUCUUUAAAAAAUCUUAAAAGGAGAUCGGAGUUUUUUGAACAAGGUGGAUCUGAAAAUCAAAUGCCAGAUCCACUGGCUCCCUCUCUCUCAGCCUCAUCUACUCGCUGGUCCUGGGACCUGGAGGAAGAGCGCAGGCGGCAGGAAAAAUGGCAAAAAGAGCAGGACCGCCAGCUCCAAGAAAAGUAUCGACAAGAUCAAGAAAAGCUGGACGAGGAGUUUAGAAAAGCCCAGCAAGUGGCUGUAACAGCAGGCUCAAAAAAUCUAGAGGAGAUGAGGAACCUUAAGCUGGAGCAGGAGGCCUCAAGACUGGCCCUAAAAGAAGAAGAGGAGAGGAAAAGAAGGGAGGAACAGGAGCGCCUUGAGGUGGAAAGGAAAGAGAAACAGAAGCACCUUGAGGAGGAGAGAAAAAAAAAGGAGGAACAGAAGCGCCUUGAGGAGGAGAUGAAAAGAAGGGAAGAGGAGAAGAAGAGGGAAGAACAGAAACGACUGGAAGAGGAAAGAAAGAAGGAAGAAGAGGAGCUUAAACGAAGGGAGGAGGAAAAUAAAAGGAGAGAGGAGGAGGCACAGAGACUGCAGAAGAGCAGAGAGGAGGAGGAAAAGAGGCGCCAAGAGGCCCAACGAAGACUUCAGGCAAAUGAUGGGGAGUAUACUUUUCCCGAGCUAUCCUACUUCCACAGGACCAAGUCAAAAUCUACUCCAGAGCUGGACGAUAUAGAACGCACAGAUAUUAAAGGUGUGUAUAGCAAGCACAGGGGCCUGGCAGGUUGGCUUCUGGAGGAAGAAUUACGAAGGAAGAAAGAUCCUCAUGUUCUGAGACAGCAGACUGCAUCUGAGCUGGAACUAGAGAGAAGAAACAUCCUUAGUGCUAUGAGAUACAGUAACCCAGAGAGAGCCAUAAGCAGUGGUCUGGGUCAGAGCUCUUUAAAUAAGGCCAGCCAGGAUAAAAAAGAGCCGGCCACUCAGGCUGAAUUGGAAAGGCAGCAGAUCAUCCAAGACAUGAAGAAGAAGAAUGCCUUGCUCACAGAUAGCAGCUGGAUUCGUCAAAAUAGCAUGAAUAGUGUAAACAAAGAGCCAUCAAGCCUUCCUAUGAGGAGAGGUGAAUCUCUAGACAACCUGGACAUGACAACAAACCGCACGUCCUGGAGGUCAUCAUGGACUCCGGGCACAACUUCGUCCAUUCCAGACUAUAGCCGUCCUUAUUCAUCUUACUCUAGCUCUUCUUCGAUCCAAAGUGGACGUCCAGAUGCUGCCACACUGCCUUCAUUUCAAUCUCUAAACUCCCAAAGGCCAUCAUUUUCCCAGUCCACAGCCACAAAUCCUGAGAAUCAGUCAUCCUCACGAAACAGGUCAGUAAGUGGCAAGAAAAUGUGUACUAAGUGUGCUAUGCCACUGGGCAAAGGAGCAGCAAUGAUCAUCGAGUCUCUGGGGCUCUGUUAUCAUUUACAUUGCUUUAAGUGCAUUCAAUGCAAAACUGAUCUUGGCGGCUCAGAAAGUGGAGCUGAAGUCAGGAUACGAAACAAACAGCUCUUCUGUAACUCCUGCUAUAUGCGUGUCAAAACGGGGCAGCCAACUGCCAUGUGACCUCACCGGAUUACAUCAGCUUGAUGAAGACCCUGGUCCAGUUAAAAAAACAUGAACACUUUAAAUAGAGUUUUGCCUGAGGACAACAUUAUGGAAUGACAGUCAAGAUUAGACAAUAAACAUCUGUGCUUCCUUUUUAACUAUUAGAGGGGAGAGGUAUAAGUUUCCAUAAAAGUAUUACUGACUUUGCUUGCACGAAGGAUAAAGCACAAAUAUAUAUGCGUAGAAGCUAACAAUGUAUGUAAAAUAGCUAUCAUUUUCCAUCCAUAUCCAGUUCUUCACAAAAGCAUUAAGGUCUAUUUGGUAGUGCUUUCUGGAGUGAUAGAAUCGGCUGUUUUUCUAAUUGCUUCACAAGUCCAUCUUCAUUCAUCCGACUUCUUUAUUUUUUGGUGUGUUGUCAAAUAUCCUGCCAUAUAAUCAUUGUUUUGCCUUUAUUUUUGUGAAGGGAAAGAUUAUUUAGAGUAAAUAUAUAACGAAAAUAUUUAAAAGUGGCAUGGUUUGUUGGAAGAGUUUUAUGGAAUACAUUUAAAAUAUUGAAGUAAGAUAUUCCACAAGGUAAAAUAAUCUUAUGCAUACAAAACAAAUUGUAUUCACCAAUAUUUUUAAAUAAGGUGACCAAAAUAAAAUGUAAGGCUUAGAUUAAGUCAUUUUGUUGAUCCCCAAAUUAGGUUCUGGGCUGUUUUUUUUUUUGUUUUUUAACGUUGUGCAUGACCGGAUUUUAUCUGAACUUUAUUGAGCUCAUAAUCUAUGCUGUGGGUAUUUAUGGAUUACUACACAUCUCCACACAAUGGGUUAUAUGUACAGAGCAAACAUGGAAUAUGUACUAAUCUAUAUUUGGUAAAAUAAUAUGCUAUAUUUGAUUCACAUGCAGAACUCCUAUCAUUUUCUGUACUCUUAAACUUCAUUAAAAAACACAAUUAUUCAGUUUA